AUGGGUGCGAUUGUUGUUUUUGACACCGUGUUUAUCUUGAAUCCAUACACGUGUAUACUAACACCUAGCUGCUCAACCCAACCUCAAUUGAUUUCACUUAACUAUCUUAUGACUGGUAUCUCAUCAUUUAAAAAUUAUUCAACAUAUGAUUCCAAAAAGCUUUUCUUGGAAAUACAAGUCGGUUGUGCUGGUUUGGCUCUUCUUCUAUCGAUAAUUUAUGUAAUCAUCUACAUUGUUUGCAGAGUCAAACUCAGAAAUAAAACUGGAGUUGCUGCUACUGCUGCUACUGCUGCUACUGCUCCCAAUCCUCCGGCAGUUCAACCAAACAACCCUUAUCCUCAAGCACCUCAAGCAUUUCAGUCAAACAACCCUUAUCCAGUUCCUCCACCAGUCCAACGUCAACAAAUGUAUCCUCAAGCUCCCUAUGCACCACCUUAUCAAAAAGCUAUUCAGUAA